CAUCGUUCUUGAACACCGUCCAAGCCAUCAACACCAUGGCCUCCACGCCAACACUGCGCCAAUUCAACGCAUGUCUACGAUGCGUGCGACAAUUGCCAGCCGCCAAUGGCACCCGUCGCCUCCUCUCCACCUCGGCCGUAGCUCGUGAAGAGGUGCAGACACAACCCACGAAUGCGACACCACCACCACCGCCCUCGAACUCACCGGAAGGCGCUGCCCAGAAGGCUGGCUCUCAAGAAACCCCAGAAUACAUGCAGAAAUGGGGUACUCUAGACCCUCAGAUGGUUGAGAACAAGAAGCAGGAACGCCGACUAUUGCGGAGAGAACAUGUCCAACCCGUUGGAUCCCGUCGUCGCCGUGCUGUCCUUCGUCGAUCGACCAUGCAGAAGGCUGAUGAGGUUCCCUUCGAACAGUUGCCAUACCAAUGUUUCCAGGAGGCGAGAAAGGUCUUGUUGGAAGACAGGCAGGAAAAGAUCAAGGAAAUCGAGACCCAGCAGUUGCGGAUAAAGAACCUGAUGGCCCAAGAUCCAAGCACCAGUGGAGGUCCGGCAGCCAAGGAGCAUCGAUUGCGGAGUAUGAAGCAGCACCUUCAAGAGCUGAUUAUCCUGGCCGACAUCAACGACCCGGUUGUGAAGCGGAAGUUUGAGGACGGACUGGGUAACAUGAACAAGCCCAUCUACCGCCAUCUUGCCGAAAAGAAGUGGCGCCAGUUCAAGCGCCGUGUGCUGGAACAACGUAUCACACAACUUGCUAUCGUUCCCGACCUUCUCCCCUCCCUGAAUUUGGUAGCAGACAUUGACCUCGGUUUCGCACGAAAGCCGGUGGCGCCCGGAGACUUCGUGGAUUCUGCUAUCAGUGAGAAAAUGCCUCGUCUCAACGUUCAGACCUUCACCCCUGGUGAGAAGCUGGUUACUGUGGUCGUAGUAGACGCAGAUGUGCCAGUCACAGAAAAGGACGGCUUCACUUACCGAUGCCACCUCAUCGCCUCCAACAUAUCAAUCUCGCCAAGCAACACUUCGAUACCUCUUCAGCGCAUCGCUCAAGAAGAUCAGAAAAUUGAAGAUCCCAGUGCCAAGAAGAUUGCGCUACCCUGGGUUGCCCCCUGGGCUCACAAGGGUGCGCCAUACCACCGCCUAGGAAUUUUUGUCUUUGAGCAAAACGAAGGCAAGGCGCUCGAUGUCACCAAGUUCAACAAGACUCAGCGUAUGGGGUUCAAUCUCCGUAGCUUUGCUGAUUCGAACAAGCUGAGCGCAAUCACAGCUACGCUGUUCAGGACAAAAUGGGACGAGAGCAUGGCUGGUGUCAUGGAGCGCGCAGGUCUGAAGGACCAGAUUGCUGUAGAAUUCAAGAGGAAGAGGGUCGAGCCGCUGCCUUACAAGAGGCGAACGGAGCGCAUGCGCUGAGGGCACAAGAGACGCAUAUAGUGGAUGUAUUAGUCAUGUAAGCCAUAUGUACAAUACAAGAUGAACACAGCUGCAGCUUCGAUCUGUCGUGCUUGGACUCUGCGAGCGUCGCACGGCCGAGUGUAGCAGAGGUAAUAUACCACAGCAACGAAAGCGACUGCAUUCAGCUCGAGACGAACGGCAUGGACUUUCACUGUGGUUGCUUCAAUAUCAUCCAGCACCGAAGACAGUGACAGAGAGAUUGUUCGGAGUGACAUUCGUUCUUUCCAUUCGCAGUCGCGGGGGUUGUCUCCUUCCUGCCCUCCUCA